CAAGCUAUUGACGACUACAUGACAAUGACCGAAUCUACCAUGAACAGCACACCCGUCAGCUCUAUUAGCCCGGAGGGCUCAACCGGCACGAGCAUCUGCUCCAGCGAAGACGGACAUGAUGGUGCUGCCCCCACGGCGCGGGAACCACGCAUUCAGACGCCAGUCGCCGUCGUCAGCAUGGGUUGUCGGCUACCCGGACAUAGCAAAUCCCCGACAGCUUUGUGGGAUCUUCUCCAAAGAGGAGGGAUAGCUGGAAAUACGCCACCAGAGAGCCGCUUCAAUCUGGCUGGCCACUACGAUGGAACUAGGCGACCACGCACAAUGAAGUCACCAGGCGGGAUGUUUAUGGAGUAUGUUGAUCCCGCUGUUUUCGACGGCCGGUUCUUCAGCAUCAGCCAGGCGGACUGUGUCGCCAUGGACCCCCAGCAACGCCAGCUUUUGGAAGUGGCAUACGAAGCUUUGGAAAACGGCGGUAUUCCGCUGGAAAGAAUCAGUGGAACUAGAACCGGUGUUGUUGUCGGAAAUAGCUUCUCCGACUAUACAGCUAUCCAAAAUCGCGAUCCCGAGGACAGAGCAGACUCAAUCACUAUUGGCCUUUCGCCAUCUAUCCUUAGCAAUCGGCUCAGUCAUUUCCUCAACAUCAACGGCCCGAGCAUAUCUAUUGAUACAGCCUGUUCCGGCAGUUUGGUCUCCCUGGAUGUGGCCUGCCGCUUUCUGGACAGCCACCAGGCUGACGGCAUGAUUGUGGGAGGAACCAAUUUGUGGCUGGCACCAGAACACAACGAGGAAGUCGGCACCAUGAACAAGACCCAGUCCGCCUCCGGACAAUGCAGGAGUUUCGAUGCCAGUGCGGAUGGCUACGUCAAGGCUGAGGCCGCCAACAUCGUCUAUUUGAAGCGCCUAGACGACGCGAUUCGUGACAAUGAUCCCAUCCGAGCCGUCAUUCGCGGCACAGCUUCAAAUGCAUCUGGUCGCACUGCGGGUCUCGCCAAUCCAAGCUCAGAAGCUCAGGCAGCUGUGACCAGAAUGGCUUAUAAGAACGCCGGUAUUACUGAUUUUCGAGACACGCAAUAUGUUGAGUGUCACGGGACUGGUACGCUUACUGGAGACCCCAUUGAGGCCCAAGGUGUUGCAUUGGUGUUCGCGCCUGGUCGCCAGCCUGGUCAAGAGUUAGUCAUCGGGUCAAUAAAGAGCAAUGUAGGCCAUUCCGAGGCCGCUGCCGGAAUCUCAGGUCUGAUCAAGGCCACUAUGGCUAUUGAGCGCGGUCAAAUCCCCGGUAACCCGACCUUCAUCAAGCCAAAUCCCAGGAUUGAUUGGGAGGGUCUCAAACUCCGCGCAAGUAGGACAAUGGUUCCAUGGCCUAAGGGAUCGAUUAUCCGACGAGCUAGUGUCAACUCAUUUGGUUUCGGAGGCGCUAAUGCUCACGCCGUGCUCGAGAACGCCACGUCGUCUCCCCACGUCUCUUCCUACCAGACCAUCUCCGGCAACUUUUUCGACGAUGAAGACGAGGAGGAUGAGGAUGGAGAAAUAGCCCUGACAGCACCGAAACUUUUGGUCUUUUCUGCCAAUGAGCCGAGCUCCCUUACGAGCUAUGCCAAGACUUUGUCCAACCAUCUCCUUGACCCUACGGUGUCAAUCGAUAUUGACCACCUGGCCUAUACUCUAAGCGAAAGGAGAAGCAAACUCUACUACCGCGCUUUCACAAUCACGCAAUCAAAGAAGCCCACCCUGGCAGCCGACGAUCUGGUGACUGGAAAGCAAGCCCCCUCGCCUCCUCGCAUUGGCUUCGUAUUUACCGGGCAAGGUGCACAGUGGUCUCAGAUGGGUGCAGAACUCGUAGAGAACUUUCCUAUUGCGCGAAAGGUCAUUGGAGAACUCGAUGAGAUUCUCAAGUCUUUGCCAGAGCCGCCAGCAUGGACGCUGUUGGAGGAGCUGACUUCUGCUCGAAGUGGGGAAGCACUUCGUCAACCUGAAUUCUCGCAACCACUUGUGACGGCCCUACAACUGGCACUUCUCGAGGUUCUCAACGACUGGGGCGUCAAGGCCGAGAGUGUUGUUGGGCACUCCUCUGGUGAAAUCGCAGCUGCUGCCGCUGCAGGGCUGCUUACAUAUGCUGACGCAAUUAAGACGGCCUUCUACCGUGGCCAGGCAGCUAAGAAGGUUGAAGCUCCCUUGGAACCCGUUGGUAUGCUCGCAGUCGGUCUCAGUGCCGACAAAAUUGAGCAUUACCUUCAGCCAGACGAGGGGAAGGUCCAAAUUGCCUGUUAUAACAGCCCGGACAGUCUGACGAUUUCGGGUACACGAUCAGCACUGGAAAAGCUCCGAGAUCGACUACAGGCAGACAAUCAUUUCGCCCGCCUUCUACUUGUUGACUUGGCCUACCAUUCCGACUACAUGGCUGCUAUUGGCGAGGUCUACGAGGAGAUGUUGCUCAAAGAUGACGUCUUCCAGCAGCAAUCUGAGAAAAAUAGUUCUCGUGUACGAAUGUAUAGCUCCGUUACUGGGAAACUGCUAGAGGCGAACGAGAAGCUUGAUGCAGCAUACUGGAAGAGUAACAUGGUCUCACCUGUACGAUUUGCAGAUGCGGCCUCGAAUUCGAUCCGUGAUGGAGAAUCUGGUGCCAACUUCCUGAUCGAACUUGGCCCAGCCAAUGCGCUCUCCGGUCCCAUUGCACAAAUCAAAAAGAGUCUUGCCGGCAAGAUCGGCGAUAUUCCAUAUACCUCAUGCUUAACUCGCGGCGAAGGCUCAACUCUCGCGCUUUACAAAUCGGCCGGCCAGCUGUUUCUCGCCGGAGGUAAUGUCAGUCUGAGCCGUGUCAACCGAAUCGAGAAACACAACGCUAAGGUCGUCGUAGACCUGCCCAAUUACUCAUGGAAUCAUACCAACAAGUAUUGGCACGAAACUAGGGCGAGCAAAGAUUGGCGUUUUAAAAAGUUUGUCAACCACGACCUUCUUGGAUCCAAGAUUCCUGCCACCUCUUGGACGGCGCCAACCUUCAAAAAGCUCUUGAAGCUCUCUGAUGUCCCAUUCCUAAGGGACCAUAUGCUCGGCAGUGAAAUUGUAUUCCCAGGAGCAGCAUAUAUUACAAUGGCCGUUGAAGCUGUCUACCAGACCACUAUGUCCGUGAAGUGGAAUCAUCAAGCCCCAGAAAAGUACCGAUAUCGAUUGAAAGACGUCCAAAUCCUCCGCGCCCUAGUGUUAGAAGAGAACUCGGAAACCCGAAUGACGUUGUCAUUGACCCCUAUCAAAGGAGGUUCCACACGAACCUGGUAUGAAUUCCGCGUGUGCUCUUUGCAAGAGGAUGCGCCAGUCGACCAGGAACAUAUCACAGGUUUCGUCUGCGUCGAGACAGACUAUCAAAGUACCACUGUUCAAGCAGAGGCUAUGCGACCUUUGGAGUUCCCCACCCCUGCUCGUGUGUGGUACAAGGCACUGGCUGAUAUGGGAUACAAGUUUGGACCUUGCUUCCAGAAGCACGUGGCAGUUGAAUCCUCCAUUGGCGAGCGGACGUCGAGAUCUACUAUCAACCUUGAGCCCCCACCAUCGAACCCCCUCGGUCAGUCCAACUACCCAAUGCAUCCCGCAGUUUUGGAUUCCUGCUUGCAGGCUACAUCGCCUUCUCUGUGGAAGGGCGAGCCACCCACUUCCGGCUCAGCAGUGCUUGUACCUAAAAUUAUUGGCACCAUAGUCCUCCAAGGUGGUAAAAACCUGCCGGUCGAAGGUGAGGGCAUCGCAUUGUCCUCCGCAAACUGGGUCGGUAUUGGAGAUCAAGAGCACCCACGCAACUACACCACCAGCGUUCAGGUUUUUAACCCUCGAGAUGGCGCCUGUCUCUUUGAAAUGAGGGGUCUAGAGCAGGGAGAAAUUGAGGUGGGCGACACUGAGAAAGCAGGCCACACGUUCACUCGUCUCGCAUGGAAUGCCGAUGUCGAUACGUUAUUCAAAACCUCCGAAAGCGCAACGCAAAAAUAUCUCGCGACCAAGGAGAUUGGCGAUGUAAUCGAUUUGGUGGUCCACAAGAGGCCCGGACUAGCCGUGAUGGAGCUGAACCUGAACAACGAAGAGACGUCCAGCAUCUGGGCGGCGGAAGGAGGGUCUACCAUGCGAUCUGCUUGCUCACGAUAUGUCUUCGCCGUUCGGGAUCCUAGGGUCAUGCUGGCAGCCCAAGAGCAGAUGCAAGGUACACAGGUUCAUCUGGUGGACGCCAUGAAGGGUGGGGAGAUUGUUCCAGAUACCAAAUUCGACUUGAUCAUUAUCAAGGGGACAGUUACACCAGGUGAAGAAGAAGUCUUGGUAUCAAGUCUUGCCAACUCCGCAAAGGCAGGUGCAUUCUUCAUCGGUAACAGCAUACAUAAACCGCUCCUUAAGCGCCUCGGCACGACCUUCACUGCUGGAAACACAAGCAGCAUCUGCCAGAUGAAGGACGAAAAGUCGGGGGAGGCCGUGCGCCAAACGAUUACUCACGUGAGUCUCGUUGAGCCAGCGGCUCGGCAGUCCGAUGAGAUGGCUCAGGUUAUCGCAAAGCUUACCUCGGACAAAUGGGUUGUUAAGUCUACCUUUUCACCAGUGCAGGAUAUCAAUUCCAGCAAGGACAUUGUGGUAGUGAUUGAUGAGCUCUUCCACUCUCUUAUGGACCGUUUCAACGAACAGCAGUGGGAAGGAAUCAAGCAUCUUCUUGAACAAAGAUGCAGCCUUCUAUGGGUCACAGUUGGCUCCCAGUUCGACGUAACCGAUCCAGACAAAGCCGCCAUUGCUGGUAUACUCCGUACUAUCCGUAGUGAGGAGAAGGUACGCUUCAUCACCCUCGAUGUUGAGAAUACCACGGGGGACGCAACUUCCGAUGCAAUUUCAGCAUGCCUGGACAAACUCUCAACGGAGGAAGACGUAUCAGCCGAGGACUGCGAAUUUGUUGAGCGCGGAGGUCUCACAUACAUCAGCCGCAUCAUUCCCGAUGCCAAGCUCACCUCACUCCAAAGCGACGAUAUUAGCGAACAGCCUGUUGAGACCGUCGACUUUCACGAAUCCGAGUCACUCGUAAGACUCCGUUGCGAACGCCUGGGCAACCUCGACAGCCUCCACUUCGGCGAGUUUUUACCUGAUGGUCUUCCACUGCCAAAUGGUCAAAUAGAGGUAGAGAUCUACGCUGCUGGCUUGAACUACAAAGAUGUGGUCGUCAGUAUGGGGUAUGUACCUGGCGAUGAGUCACAGCUGGGCUUUGAAGCGGCUGGUGUGGUCAAACAUGUCAGCCCAAGCGUGACCAACUACGCUCCGGGAGAUCGUGUUAUGGUUUGGAACAAGGGCUGCUUUGCCAAUCGCGUCAGGACUGUACCCGCUCGCGUACAUCGCAUCCCCGAUACUCUGUCCUUCACAGAUGCCGCGACCCUUCCGGUCGUCUAUGUCACCAGCUUACAUGCUCUUUUCGACUUGGGCAACCUUUCUACCGGUAAGAGUGUCCUCAUUCACUCUGCUGCUGGAGGCGUGGGUAUUGCAGCCGUCCAGCUUGCACAGUAUGUAGGUGCCAAAGUGUUUACUACGGUAAGUAGUCCCGAGAAGAGGCAAUUUCUCCAGGCCACUUUUGGUUUGAGCGACGAUCAGAUUUUCAACUCGCGUAACACGGAUUUCGCUGAGCAAACUUUGGCUGCCACUAACGGCCGCGGAGUCGAUAUAGUGCUCAACUCGUUGACAGGAGACAUGCUUGAAGAGUCCUUCCGCAUUUUAGCUGAUGGAGGCAUUAUGGUCGAGAUCGGAAAAAAGGAUAUCCUAGAUCGUAAUAAGCUUACGAUGACGCCCUUCGAUCGUAACAUCUCGUUCAGGGCGGUCGACUUGUCCGCUGAACGGGCUCCGGAUGCUCUGAUUCAGCGAUCUCUAGCCAAAUUGUUCGAGCUUCUGGAAGGAGGGCAUAUCAAGCCCAUUAACCCAGUGCACCGCUUCUCAUGGACAGAAAUUCCCACGGCAGUGCGAUUCCUAAGACCAGGAACACACAUCGGCAAAGUGGUGUUGUCGGAUGAAGCCGAUGCUAAGAUCCAAGUUCCGAUCCGCCGAGCGACUCCGAAACUGGUCUUCCGCGAUGAUGGGUGCUACCUCAUUGUUGGUGGUCUUCGUGGUCUUUGUGGUUCUCUUGCUAUCUACCUUGCAAAGCAAGGAGCCAAGUAUCUUGCUGUCAUAUCUCGUAGCGGGCACGAGGAUCAAAAGUCGCAGGGCAUCGUCAAGCAGAUCAACGGGCUUGGCGCCUACAUUGAUCUCCUUACUGCUGAUGUUACCGAUGCCACAGAGGUGAUGCGCGCAUUCAAACAGACGAAGGUUCCUAUUGCAGGAAUCAUUCAGGGAGCAAUGGUUUUGAGGGACCGCCCUUUCGACCAGAUGACUUUGACGGAGUAUCACGAAGCAGUCCAGUGCAAGACUCGCGGAACCUGGAACUUGCACAAUGCUGCAGAAUCACUCAAUCUCAAGCUCGAGUUCUUCACUCUCCUCUCCAGCAUCUCGGGUGUGGUCGGCAACCGCGGACAGGCCAACUAUGCUGCUGCCAAUGUCUUCCUCGAUUCCUUUGCUGCUUUCCGUUGUUCCCGUGGGCAGUCAGCUUGCUCAGUCGACUUGGGGGUGAUUGAAGACUCUGGUGUGAUCGCAGAACAAGAGAAUCUGCAAAACGUAUUCGACACCCGGGUCUUCAAAGGCAUCAACAGUGGCUUGCUGGCCAAGAUCCUAUAUGUCUCUAUGUUGCAGCAGCAUGCGCACCCAAGAUCCAGCCCAGAGGCAAACGCGCAGUUGAUCACUGGUCUCAUCGUACCUCAGCCCGCCGACUCUCAACUAAAGAAAGAUGCCCGCUUCUCUGCACUUUUCGAGGGUCAGUCAGGCGCCGGUGGAGAUACCGGCGGAGCUAAUUGUAAGGACGCGGAGGUACAGCUAGCCUUGUUGCUGCUGAAGAACGAGUCGGCCGAUGAGGGCGCAAGACAGAAAGCGGUGGUCGACGCGAUCAACGGCGCUUUUGUCCGUAUGCUGCAUCUUCCCGAAGCCAUGGACGCGGAGCGACCUUUAUCCGUGUACGGGAUUGACUCACUCGCAGCAGUGGAGCUGAGAAACUGGAUCAGGACAGAACUUGGCGCGCUGGUCACGACCUUGGAUGUUCUCAACGCUGCAUCACUAACUAAGCUAAGCGAGAAGGUUAUUGCGAAGAUUCGUGAUAGCAAUUGAAAUUGAGUACUUUGGCGCAAUACAGAGGGGAGGUGUUUUUGUUUGCUUUAGGCAGGAUGCUGUCUGCACUAGUGGCUGCAAUUGGAGGCGGAGGAGGUUCUUUAAAACGCUGGUCUUCGCUUUGCACUGCGUUAAAGUAGAUGAAGUGAUAAGAGUUUUUAAGUGCCCUUAGCUAGCGUGGAAUAACCGUCUGUCCUGUUUUAAGGUCGAAAAGAUUUAACGUACCCUCCAGGUGAGUUAAUUACCUAGGUAAGCUGUAACGGUU